AUCUCUCAGCUGCCAAUGCCUUUCAUUUGUUGGUUGCUUUUUAACUGAAUCUAUUUGGCUUUAUCUAACCAACCAUUAUUCCAACUCUAAAAUCAGGUUUUUUGCCUUUUUACUCCAAAGGAGCUACUUCCCUUAGUUGGAUAAUCGCUAUAUAUUUAAGAUUCUUGUUCAUCUUCUUUGCGGCUAACCUUGUUUGCUCCUCAAAUCUUUUGUUUCCAACUAUAUUUGGGAUUGUUUCUUCCAUUUUGUUUGACGAUGGUUUGCUUGGUUUCUCGUACGGGAAGGCACUUGCAGCGAUACGAUGACCUCGGCCGCCGCCAAGUUGUCGGAUGCAUUCCGUACAGAUACAAACGUAAUAGUGAUGGAAUUCUGAGCACUGACUUGGAGGUUCUUGUCAUCUCCUCACAAAAAUGUCAAAAAAUGAUGUUCCCUAAGGGCGGUUGGGAACUUGAUGAAUCUAAAGAACAAGCUGCUAUAAGAGAGUCAAUUGAAGAAGCUGGAGUUAUAGGCAAAGUUGAGUGCGAAUUGGGCAAAUGGGACUUUAUGAGCAAACGCUAUGGCACGUUUUAUGAAGGUUACAUGUUCCCUUUGCUUGUGAAGGAGGAACUUGCCCUCUGGCCUGAGCAAAAUGUGCGCCAACGGACAUGGAUGAGUGUGAAGGAAGCCAGGGAUGUGUGCCAGCAUUGGUGGAUGAAGGAAGCCUUAGACAUACUGGUUGAACGGCUAACCUCCUUGCAGCAACACAAGGAACAAAAUAUCUCAACUUGUUUGUAAAUAGGACAUUGUCAGGCACUUAGUUGGCGUCAGGUAUCGAACACAGGUAUUUUGUUGAAGUGCUGCAUAUAUUUGCAGUGUCAAAUUUUUGUACUUGUGUUCGAAUACAUAGAGGUUGAAUAUGAAUAUUUUAAGAGGAGGAGUUGUUAAACAUAUUCAGGGUCUGUGGGGGUUGGAUCUUGGUCAGAUAUGUUGGGAAAUAAAUUGUAAAUUGAUGGUUGCAAGUGCUGCUACUUUCGACUUCUUAGCGAGCCAAUCGUAUGAAAAGAUGUUAAGGCUUGCUCUGUUAUUACUCAGAUAAUAGUUCAAUCCUUCUGGGAGUCUUCUUUCCUAA